GGGCGGCUGUGCGCACGCGCGGGGGCCAUAUUAGCGGCGCGUCCUCCCGGCCGUGGCGGUGGAUUUCCUCCCGUUGGAGUUGAGCUCUCUGUUCUUCAGGGACUUCCCUCGGAGCGUCUUAUAACGUGCAGGAAACAUGUCUCGGAGAUAUGAUUCCAGGACCACAAUAUUUUCCCCAGAAGGUCGCCUGUACCAGGUGGAAUAUGCCAUGGAAGCUAUUGGACACGCAGGCACCUGCUUGGGAAUUUUGGCCAACGACGGUGUUCUGCUGGCAGCCGAGCGACGCAACAUCCACAAGCUCCUGGAUGAAGUCUUCUUUUCCGAAAAGAUUUAUAAACUCAACGAGGACAUGGCCUGCAGCGUGGCCGGAAUCACUUCUGACGCCAACGUUCUCACUAAUGAGCUGAGGCUCAUAGCCCAGAGGUAUCUACUACAGUAUCAGGAACCAAUCCCCUGUGAGCAGUUGGUGACUGCACUGUGCGACAUCAAGCAAGCCUACACACAGUUUGGAGGCAAGCGUCCCUUUGGUGUCUCCUUGCUCUACAUUGGCUGGGACAAGCACUACGGCUUCCAGCUCUAUCAGAGUGAUCCCAGCGGGAACUAUGGGGGAUGGAAAGCCACAUGCAUCGGCAACAACAGCGCUGCAGCUGUGUCCAUGUUGAAACAAGACUACAAGGAGGGCGAGAUGACCCUGAAGUCGGCGCUGGCUUUAGCUAUCAAGGUGCUAAAUAAGACCAUGGACGUUAGCAAACUGUCAGCUGAGAAAGUGGAAAUUGCCACGCUCACGAGGGAGAACGGCAAGACGGUCAUCCGAGUUCUCAAACAGAAAGAAGUAGAGCAGCUGAUCAAAAAGCACGAGGAAGAGGAAGCGAAAGCCGAGCGGGAGAAGAAGGAGAAAGAACAGAAGGAGAAGGAUAAAUAGAACACACGCUCGGGGGUCUCCGCAUCCACCUGGGGCGCCACGUCGGUGUAACGCCGUCCUCUUCCCCAUCUGGGAGGCUCUGACUGCCCCGCCGAGUGCCGUGGCAAGCAGGACUCGAGACGCGGACGUGGGUCCCUGGCGUUGAGUACUUUAUAGUAAUGAUGGUGAUUACACUUCACGGACAUCUUUUCAUCUUUUCCCCUCCUGUUUUUUGGAAUAAAACUUGGAAAGAGUGGAAA